AGCGGUGGCGGGCGCGGGGGGAGAAAGCCAGGCGCUCCUGGGAGCCCGCCCCUCCGUCGUCACAUGAUCGCGCGGGGCGGAAAACGCGAACCCGAGGCCGCCGCGACGCCCUGACGGGUCGGCGAGAAGGAAUCUUCAAAAAUCCCUCUCCACUAUUUGGGAUGCUGCCCAAACCUGGGAUCUAUUACUUCCCCUGGGAAGUCAGUGCUGGCCAAGUUCCCGAUGGGGGCGCGCUGAGAACAUUCGGCAGGUUGUGCCUCUAUGAUAUGACCCAAUCCCGAAUGACCCUGCGAGCUCAGCAUGGAUCUGACGAGCACCAGAUCCUGGUCUGCACCAAGCUAGUGGAGCCAUUCCAAGCCCAAGUGGACUCCCUGUACCUUGUCCUUGGGGAGCUCGAACACCAAGACGGAGGCUCCGUGGUGAAGGCCCGGGUGCUGACUUGUGUGGAAGGAAUGAACCUACCCUUGUUAGAACAAGCCGUGCGGGAGCAGAGGAGCUCUGCGGCCAUGGAUGUGUUCCAGAAGGUAGAGAAGAUCGGAGAGGGCACCUAUGGGGUGGUGUAUAAGGCCAAGAACAAGGAGACAGGGCAGCUUGUGGCCCUCAAGAAGAUCAGGCUGGAUUUGGAAACCGAGGGAGUCCCGAGCACCGCCAUCAGGGAGAUCUCCCUGCUCAAAGAGCUUAAGCACCCCAACAUCGUCAGGCUGCUGGACGUGGUGCACAGUGAGAAGAAGCUUUACCUGGUGUUUGAGUUCCUCAGCCAGGACCUGAAGAAGUACAUGGACUCGGCGCCGGCCUCCGAGCUGCCCCUGCACCUGGUCAAGAGCUACCUCUUCCAGCUGCUGCAGGGGGUGAGCUUCUGCCACUCUCAUCGGGUCAUCCACCGAGACCUGAAGCCCCAGAACCUACUCAUCAACGAGCUGGGGGCCAUCAAGCUGGCCGACUUCGGACUGGCUCGAGCCUUCGGGGUGCCCCUGCGCACCUACACCCACGAGGUGGUGACGCUCUGGUAUCGCGCCCCUGAGAUCCUCUUGGGCACCAAGUUCUAUUCCACAGCUGUGGACGUCUGGAGCAUUGGUUGCAUCUUUGCCGAGAUGGUGACCCGCAGAGCCCUGUUUCCUGGUGACUCUGAGAUUGACCAGCUCUUUCGAAUCUUUCGGACCCUGGGGACACCCAGUGAAGCCACGUGGCCAGGGGUCACCCAGCUGCCUGAGUAUAAGGGCAGUUUCCCCAAGUGGACCAGGAAGGGGCUGGAGGAGAUUGUGCCCAGUCUGGAACCAGAGGGCAAGGACCUGCUCAUGCAACUCCUGCAGUACGACCCCAGCCAGCGGAUCUCAGCCAAGGCUGCCCUUGUGCACCCCUACUUCUCAUCUGCUGAGACCUCCCCAGCUCCCCACCAGUGUGUGCUGGAGCGUUUCUGCCGAUGAGGAGGUGAGAGGCCCUCAGCCUCGGGGCCUCUCUCCGGCUGCCUCCCUUCCCACUUCCCCCAGAAAGAGAACAAUCUGGGAGAGAGCAAAACUUUGAGGAAUUUGGCAUCAGCCUCCAGAGAGCUGAGUUUGGGUGUUAGUUUUGUCAGCAGGUUAGCACGUUCCCGUGAUGUUUGUUGGGUUCAACAGGGCCGUUUCAAGAUGGGGGUAGUUAGUCUUGGCUCCCUGGCGCUGGAACAAUAGUUACCAAGGCGGGUGGGAAGCCUGCCCUCUGGCAGCGAGGCAGAGCCAGCCCCCGCCCCCCAGCAGAAGGGUGCCCCCUGCUGGUCUUUACGACUUUAAAAUGUUUUGGGAGAAAAGCUGCAUUCCAGUUAAGCGUCUGAGUUAAACAGGGAGCGCGGCCAGGGAGAGGGAGGAUAUUUUCCUGAUCCCAGCGUAGGUCGGGGUGUGUGGCGGGUUCUAAGUAGUUGUCUGUACUCAGGAUAUGCUUAUGUUCGUUUGCCUCUGGCUUUGAGAACAGGAAAUAAAAGUGAUGCGUUCGUUCCUGA